AUGGCUUCGGCAGACUCGGUUGAGACUCAGGAGGGUGUAGCGAUGGCUGAACAGCCAUCGACGGACCUCCAGGUGCAAAAAGCAGAUGCGACAGAGGCAACAGAAACUGCCCUUGCAACGACAGACGGAGCAGACAAGGAGAAGAAGACCAAGAUAAUACGGCGGAAAAGACGACCGGCACGAGUGCAGGUUGAUCCAUCGACUGUGAAAUCGGAACCGCCGCCGCAGACCGGAACCAUCUUCAACAUCUGGUAUAAUAAGUGGUCAGGAGGCGAUCGAGAAGACAAAUACCUCUCCCAACAACCAGCAGAGUCGAGGUGCAAUAUCGCAAAGGACAGCGGAUACACGCGUGCCGAUAAAAUAACAGGAUCCUUCUUUUGCAUAUUCUUUGCUCGGGGGCUCUGUCCAAAGGGACAUGAGUGUGAAUACCUUCACCGCUUACCAGGAAUACAUGACCUUUUCAACCCAAACGUGGACUGUUUUGGCAGAGACAAGUUCAGCGAUUACAGAGAUGACAUGGGAGGCGUGGGUACAUUUAUGAGACAGAAUAGGACUCUAUACGUCGGAAGAAUACACGUUACAGACGAUAUCGAAGAAGUGGUAGCCAGGCAUUUCGCCGAAUGGGGACAAAUCGACAGGAUCCGCGUUCUCAACCAGAGAGGAGUAGCGUUCGUCACAUACACGAAUGAAGCAAAUUCCCAGUUCGCAAAGGAGGCAAUGUCGCAUCAGAGCUUGGAUAAUAAUGAAAUAUUAAACGUUCGCUGGGCGACCGUGGAUCCAAACCCGGCCGCGCAGAAAAGGGAGGCAAGACGAAUUGAAGAGCAGGCUGCGGAAGCUGUGAGGAGAGCUCUACCAGCUGAAUUUGUAGCAGAGCUUGAAGGCAGGGACCCGGAUGCCAAGAAAAGGAAGAGGCUAGAAGCUGGGUUUAAUUUGGAUGGCUAUGAGCCGCCAGAUGAAGUUUGGUAUGCGAGAAGUCGAGAGCUGGAACAGGCCCAAGAUGGCGCAAAAGAGCUUGAACCAGCGGCCCAGCCUGGGUUGAUUGAAGCACCACCUCCCGCACAGCCGGCUGCGGGUAAUGGGAUAUUAUCCGGCUCAACUUUGGCUGCGUUACAGAGCUAUGGAGGCUCUGGUAUUACUACAAAACCGGCUGAAACCAAGAGUUCAGGCGGUCCUUUGGUUGCUUAUGAUAGUGAUGAUGAUAGCGAAUGA